ACUCGCGCACGCGCACCGCCGCCUACCUGCGCCUGGGCGGCCCCCGACCCGGGCCGGGUGCUCCCUGUGAGCUUAGAUUGCGGAGGGGGCGGCAGGUGGCUCGGCGGCGCCGAGGGAGGCCGCUGAUUGCCGGAGGCCGCCGUCGGGGCCAGGUGUCCUCAUGACUCCUCUUGCGGACCAUGUCCCUGAUCCUCUUUGCCUGCGUGGUAAGGGUGAGGGAUGGACUGCCCCUCUCGGCCUCCACUGACUUCUACCACAGCCAGGAGUUCCUGGAGUCCAGGAGACGGCUCAAGACUUUAGCCUUGCGGCUGGCCCAGCACCCGGGCCGAGGCUCUGCACGAGGACGUGACUUCAGCAUACACUUUUCUUCGUCGGGGGAUGUGGCCUGCAUGGCGAUCUGCUCCCACCGGUGUCCCGCGGCCAUGGCCUUCUGCUUCCUGGAGACCGUGUGGUGGGAGUUCACGGCUUCCUUCGACGCCACGCGCGUCGGCCUUGCCUCCAGGCCGUACGCCUUCCUCGAAUUCGACAGCGUCAUUCAGAAAGUGAAGUGGCAUUUUAACUGUGUGAGUCCCGCUCAGAUGAAGAGCAGCUUAGAAAAGGUCCAGGAGGAGCUGGAGCUGCAGCCGCCGGCGGUCCUCACCCUGGAGGACAUGGACGCGGCCAACGGGGUGAUGAACGGUCAUGCGAGGGUGUACUCGGAGCCUGCUCCGAAUGUCCGAAUGGAGCCGGUGACGGCCCUGGGCGUGCUCUCCCUCGUCCUCAACAUCAUGUGCGCCGCUCUGAACCUCGUCCGUGGCGUCCACCUGGCGGAACACUCUUUGCAGGUCGCUCACGAGGAGAUUGGAAACAUUCUGGCUUUCCUUAUUCCUUUCGUGGCCUGCAUUUUCCAGUGCUAUCUGUACCUGUUCUACAGCCCGGCCAGGAGGGCGAAGGUGGCGCUGAUGCUGCUCUUCAUCUGCCUGGGCAACGUGUACCUGCACGGGCUGCGGAACGUCUGGCAGAUCCUCUUCCACAUAGGGGUGGCUUUUCUGUCGUCACACCAGAUACUGACGAGGCAGCUGCGGGAGAAGCAGUUGGACUGUGGAGUGUGAGGCAGGGACCCUUCGACGUUCACACGAGGGUCGUCUGUGGUUUCCCUCUCGGCUUCUCCGCUCGGCCUCAGGUUUCCGUCCUUGGCGUUCAUUUGGACCAAACCGGACUGACGGCGAGACUUGGGGCAUCUGCCUGCAGGUGCGGCUGGAGGCGUGAGGCCGUGCGGUGCCCAGGCCGGGCGUCAUGCCGCAAGCCCCCGCAGGCUCUCCGGUCCGGCACGCUUACUCAGACCAUGGGUGCCAGGGGCUCAAUUCGGAGAGCGUUAUUGGAAGAUCAGAAUGGGAUUAUUUUGGUCUUUUAAACUGAAUGAUGCAAUAAACCACUAGAUUCAACGAUACUAGCGUUAGUAAUUGGCAGUCCUCUCUGCGGAACCCCUUGGAAAUCCAUACCAGUCGAAAUGUGGUUUGCCUGGUUUGUUUUUCAGAGGGUCGAUCCAGGGUGACUUAAAAACUUAAAAAUAUGGUUCGUGGAUAUCAGCAAGAAAAAUUUUGUUUACAGCUUUUUGAUAACUUCGGUCCAAUAUGAUACCUUUAGGAUAGUUCGAUAUAUUUUAGGUAUAACUUGACUUGUCUUCAUCUAGGGUAAGGAUGGACAUAAGCUGAGAAAAUGGUUAAGGAAGCUCAAUUUAUGUAAUUUAUAUGUGACUUUUUAUAGCGGUGGGACUGUGUGGGUAUGGAAAUGUUUUGUAUUUAUUUACAGGGUAUAACUGAAUCUUUUACGAAUUGAUUGAGCAGCCAGUUUACUACUGGAUUGUAAACUUGUAAGCAUGAGCAGAAUUGAGCAUUUUGGGACUCCUUGCAGUGGGUCACAAACUGGAAUAGUGAGUCACACAGCCUCACACAGGGGCAGUUUACAGAUGCAGGUGGCAGAGGGUGGCGUCCUCAGCCUUGCACGUGGCAGCCAAGUGCCCGUCCGUUCAGCGAUGAGGCAUGCUGGACCCUGUGCACCUGUCCCCAGAAGACCUCCCAACUGAGUGACCCCUCUGCCCUUUUCCCAGUGCUCUGAAUUAGAACAAGGGCCUCAGUUUUUGUGAACAACAAGAGUUAAGGAGGUGUUAACUUUUUAAAGGCUUUAUAAAUACAGAAUCAACCCCGUGCUCUGAGAAGUUACUUUUCUUCCUCGCAUCGUCAAAAUAUCGAUUGACCGUCGUCGUCCAGAACGGGGCUCUGAACCAGACCCCUUAGGCGUCCAGUCCCAUCUGGGGCCCGGUCCGGGUUCUUGCCCUCGGCUCGCGCUCGGUGGAAGUCUGGGAUCUGAGUGGCCCAGCCGCAGCGGCGUGGAGUGCUUCGAGUUGAACUGUGUCGUCUCGGUAAAUGAAAGAGUGCUGUUUUGAUGGUGUUUAAAGGUUGGAGGCCAUUGCACAAGAUACUGAGCACACGGGGAGCGCAAGACUGCUGUUCCGGGGAGUGCCGUUGCACUUGGUUACCGCCGGCGGUCAUGGUGGCCGAGCUGCCUUGCUGUCCCUUUAAGAAAGACCAGUUGGCGUGACUGUUGGGGAAAUGUUGCCAGAGUCAUUUUAUUUUCCUAUGAUUUUUUUUAUUUUUAACCACAUGAAACAUCUGGAUAUGAAAGUCCUGUUGGCAACACCCUCAGACGGAAGCUCCACAGCUGUCCCUCCACUGAGUGUGGGUCUGCAUGGUCUUCUGCAUAGCCUGCGAGGGAAACCCUCAGGCCUUCUGGGAGGUAACUCUGAAGAGAUGGUGGAACAGAGUGGGAAGCCAGGGAGGCGAGACAAGUCCUUUUAUGGUAGAAGCACA